GAGGUGGUGACGCUGGAGCCUUCCGCCGUGACGUUCCUGCUCGAGCGCCUGCAGCCCGACACCGUCUACCGCUUCCAGCUGUCGGCGCGCUCCCGCGCCGGGCUGGGCCCCGCCACCUUCACGGUCACGGAGCGCACCAAGCAGUCAGCCCCCUCGGCACCCCCACAAAACACGUCGUGCGUCUCCCUGAGCCCCGGCAGCGUGCUGGUCAGCUGGGAGCCGCCGCCCGCACACGGCCGGCACGGCACCAUCACGGGCUACACGACGGCUCGGGGAGGGGGGACGACGGGAAGGACGGGGAGGCCGGGAGGACGGCUCGGGAGGCGGCCGAGCGGGGUUGGUGGCUGGCGCCAGACGCCGCUGCAGCCCGCGGAGCGGAGGAGCGUGACGCUGCGCGGGCUGAGCGAGCGGGCCCCGUACGAGGUGACGGUGCGGGCACACACGGCGGUCGGCCCGGGGCCCGCGUCGCCGCCCGUCCAGGCGGGCGCACUCGAGGACGCCGCCACCACCACCGCCACCACCACCACCUCCCGACCCUCGUCCGUGGUGUCUACGGGAGACGAGGCGACGCUCCCCGCCGGUGGCGGCAGCGCCUCCAUCAGCUUCAUGGCGGCCAUAGCGGUGCUGGCGAUCCUCCCCUUCGUGGUGUGCACCGCGUGGGGCACACGGAGCGCCGGCAAACGUGGCGGUGAGUGUUGCGGUGGCGUUGCGGUGGCUAUGAGAUGUUGA